UACAACAACCAGCAGCUGAAUUAGCAAAAUCGAUUCCCCGAAGAUCCUGACCUUCCGCCAGCGUACUAUGCAGCCCAGAUACUUAACCCAUAUCGAAAGUGGGCAUGGUUCAAGCAAGAAUGGGUCCUCGAAGCCGGAAAAGAAAGACAGAGGUGGUUUGACAACGCAUAAUCUGUAGUAAAGCAGCUCUAGGAGACAGAGUAUAAAGGAAGAUACCCCGUUAAGAUGCUACCGCCACCAGUCAGAAAAGAGAGAUAUCCAGACCUAGCAUUCGAUCGCCAGAGGGAACACAAACGUAUUCGGAUAGACGCUCCGGUCUCUGCCGCUGAUUUGUAUGAACAAUACAUCUCCACCGACCGGCUCCAUGACGACGAGGCAGGCUACGACGAGGCCGUUACGUACUAGCUAUCCCGUUACGAUUCCCAAAGAGAUCUUGCUCGUUUCGCUCUGGACCUGUUUGCAAUCUCGCCCAUGUCGGAUAAGUGUGAACGUCUUUUCAGCAGUGCAAAGCUCACUAUAGUUGAUCGCCGUGGUAGGCUAAAGGCGGACAUUAUAAAGGCGUGUAAGUGUCUCCGGGCUUGGUAUAGAAAGCCCCAGGUCGAGGAGAAUAAUAAUGGUAAGGACUAUGGGAACGACAACGAUUGGGUCGCUAGCUAGUAAUAUAACACACUUUUCUCCGCU